AGGCAAACGCAAAUGAAGAUGGGAAAAGGAGAAUGUAUUACCCGUUAUCUAAAACGGAAAGAAAAAGAAAAGGCACCAGUCGGAAGUUUAACAGCCUUAGCCAUUGAUAAACAAAAAGAAAUAGCCGAAGGAUUAAUAAAAGCCUGA